UCCGAAUGAUGACUCAGCAAUUCUUCAGGCAGGAAAUGUUAUUCCUCAAGCAAAAAACAUGGUAAUGCCACAAGGCAUGCCUCCUUCAAUGGCCCCGCCUCAAAUGUCAGUCCAGGUCAAUCCCCAGGGUAUGAUGCAGCAGGGAAUGAGUAUGGAAAUGCAGCAAGGGGCAAUGAUGACGGGCGGAGGAGCUUCAAAUAUGCCACCCAACAUGCCACAGAUGGGUGGAAUGAUGUAUCCAUUUAUGCCACCAUAUGGUCCUCCAGCUGGUUCUGGUAUGAUGGGACCGAGAUUUUCAAUGCACCCUAUGAUGUACGGACAGUAUCCGUACCCUGCUGUACACCCAUACAUGGAGUAUUACCAGCAAGGCUUUGUUCCUGGUGAGAACUCCCAGUUACAAUAUGACAACUAUUACACGUCUCUCAAUCCAUUUGCUGAACCAUGGAAACCAGGCAUGGGACCGGGACCCAACCAUGACAGAAGAGCACAGUUUAGUGUUAAACAGGGAGCAGAGAAAUGCUCUAUGUGCAGUGAGAAAGAUCAGGAAGAAAAACGAAAACGUUACCUUUGUGACAAACAUAAACAUGAAAAAGACUGCGUCCAUAAUGAAGAGUAUAACUAUAAACAAAGCAGUUCUGAUAAAACAAAUGUUAAAUUUCCUGAUUUGGGAAAAUCUUAUCGAGAAGAUGGGCAGCAUAAUCAAAAUGAAUACAAUAGCGGAAGUUCAGACAAUAAAAAAUAUGUUAGCGAUUUAGCGAAAUCAAAGAAAUGUUCUGUUAACAAAGGUUAUUCGUAUGAAAAUGAGUUGAGUAAUAGUGACGAAGAGGUUCCGGAAUGGAGUACCAACGAUGAUUUUGAGGAUGAAGAAUAUGACGAGAAUGCGACUGAGGCGUUCAGCUUGAAGUUACAAGAGGAAACUCAGUCACAAACAGGUGAUAAACAAUACGACAGAAAAGAUUACCAGCAAUCCAAGGAACAACACAAGGAGUCAGUAAAAAUGAUAUCAUCAUCAUCAACGGCUUUGAGUACAGCAAAAACUCCACCAAUACCUGUGAUGAUGGAGCCAAAUGCAAAACUUUAUAGACAAUCAUUGAACAAUUUGAGAGAAAAACGUAAUUCGUUGAUUCAGCAGCUACAAGAGAUCAACAAGGAGGCCACAGCACAUGAACACAAACUAGAGGAGUUGUCGGAAAGCUUGCCUAACCUAUUCAGAUUUGAUCAUGUAGACUUCAAAGAGUUUGAUUCUGCUACCCUUAAAGAAGCUACGGUAUAUGCCAGUACGUUAAAACAUCCGGAACCACUUGAUACUGGUCCCUUUAGUUUAAAGAAAAUAGCACCAUCGAAUGGCGAGAUAUUUGAGAGACUAGGAGCUAUUUCUGGUGUACCCCCUCGUUCUGUCAAUGACAGCAUUAUAGCCUCAUGGACGGCUGCUACUCUCAAAUACUCAGAGUGUCAGAACAAUACUGUAGAAACUAGUCAGGCAGAGGCUCUCGCAAGUCAGGCUCCUUCAUCCGAGUCCAACAGUAAAACAACUUACAAGAGCACGGCCAAUAGUUCUUCAAAUUGGAGUAAUGUAGAUCAGGAUUUUCCAUAUUGGAAAGAUGUUACUCAAAAUUUGGAUUCUCCUUUGACAACCCCUCCCAGCACCCCUUGUCCGGCCUCUGUCAACAACUCGUAUCCGGCCUCAGUCAGCAACUCGUAUUGUAGUUUGAAAGCAAUGUCGGAGAAGGCUUCAGGCAGUUAUGAUCCUAUUUCUCAUAGGGCUAAGAACAUUGCCAGUAGUCAUAGGGCUGAAUCAGUGAACGGUACUUAUACGUCGACGUACGGUCAGCCGGAUUCAAAUAAGACAAGCACGUCUUCAGAUACAAGAUAUUAUGGUACAAGGUCGUCAGUACAAGUCAACAGCUCUGUAAAUGCAGGGAUGCCUAUUAACCAUUCUAGAGGUUAUGAGGGAAGUACUGUCGUAAGUGCUGCAUCAUUGCCGUCCUCUGUACGAAGCUCUCAAAUGCUUGCAACAGUGUCAUCAUAUACAGUUAGCCCGUCACAAAUGGCCACUGCUUCACAUACGUCAAGAAGUCAGCCUAUGAAGUAUUCAACAAGUUAUGAACCGCCUGCAAAAGCUUGUGGUCCAACCACAAGUUACUGGCCAACAACACCGUCUAAUCAGGGUUCGACCAUGAGCAUGUCAUCUUCGACAUCUUACCGUUCUUCUUCUCAGAUAUACGGUUCCUCUUCAGCUGCAACAUUUUACACAUCAUCUGAUAUGCAGUCGCAACCUUCAUUUUCAAGAUUUAUGAAUUUGAAUGAGGAAGAUGAUAUCCCAUUUAUAGAAGGGUCCCCUAUCAUAUCUAAAUAUGGUCCCAUUUCCCGUGGCAUUAAAACUGCUCAGCAGACAGCAAUACAGGCUGAGAAUGCUGCCGAUGAUGAUGCUACCAAGACUGUGCCAGUAACGGCGGUGACACCACUAAAGGGGCCUCCUUUACCCAGCGCCCAGAGAGUACCCAGUAGGUUCACACAGCAGGAUGAUGCUGAACAAAAAAUGAACAAAAAGAGUUCUUCCCCCUUAACUGCUUACGAGAAGUCCUACUCAUUAUGGACAACACAGCUUAAUCUGUUGGAGCAGAAAGCAAAGAAGGCCAGCACCGAAGAUGAGAAGCUCAGUGUGAAGUUACAGGCUGUACAGAUGCAGAUAGCUCUGAAAGAACAAGAGCUUCAGCAAGCUCAGGUAACUGAGACCACCAUGUGCUCAGAAUAUAUGAAGAACCGUCAUUGAUAAAGACUGGAAGGCUGCAGAUUUAAUACUACAUUAUUGGAUAUAUUUAACUUGGAAUAAAGACAGUCUGGUGACAAUCAACAGCCGUGUGAAUACUUGAUUAUGGUUCUCUUCAUUAUUGUCACAUCAAGGGACAAUUAUGAUUAAAUAUAUAUACAAUUUAUGAUUCAAUACAGGUUUGAUUGUGGAUAUGGGGAUAGUGGAAGGUCUAGGGUAAAAAAAAUAGGAAUUUAGAAAGAGGUAAAAUUGUUAAAGUUUUGUUGUAAGUUAGCUGGACACGUGUGACAUUAUCUUUUCAACACUUAAAACUUAUACAUGUAGUUGUAUUUUUUUACUGUAUAAAUGUAUGAUAAAACUAUAGGAUUGUUAAUGCUGCGAUUGUAACACUAAAUUUGUUUUGUUAUUAAAUGUAAUAGGAACAGUGACUUUUCUAGAAGUGUUUAGUGUUUAAUCUAAAGCAAUGCUUUAUUCUGUAUUCAGAAACAAUGAAGAUUAGAAAAUAUAUGUUUAUUGACUAUACAAAAAAUUACCAUGUUGCAACAUGUGAAAAGAAAUUCUUGUAAUUGUUGAUCCUUUUUAUUUGAGUAAAUCAUGUAAAAGACUUUUGAUUCAUGUAAAUCAUGUUAAAGACGUUUAAUUUGUGUAAAUUAUGUAAGAAGCAUUUGAUUUGUGUAAAUCAUGUAAAAGAUGUUUGAUUUGUGUACAUCCAAAGAAAUGAUUGAUAAUAUGUUCAUUAUUUACGUACUGUCUUUACCAUAGAGAUAACAAUUACUUUUCUCAGGCUGUAAAUAAAUGUCUCUUGUACAGGAUAAUAUGCAAUGAUUAUAUAGAGUAACUUUAUCACAUAAACCAUGGCACAGGAGUGUAAUAAAGCCAUUUAACUAAAAUCAUAUUACACUAGUGUAAUAACAGAUUGACAUGACAUCAGCGUUUUAUAUUUAUAAACAUAAGGUUUAAAUCAAUGCAUGUUAGUUACACUGUAAGCGCGUCAAUGAAAAAUGAUUCUUUUUUAACUGUAUACUGCAUAAUAUGAUUGUAUUGAACUGGUUCAGUAAAUUUAAUAUUAAAUCUACACUCAUUUAAUAUCCUCUAUAUAUCACAUAAACCACGGUGCAUGAGUGUAAUUAUGCGAUGUAAUAAAGAAGAUAUGAGCUGCGUCACGACUUAACCAACAUAGUGCG